CAGAUAUGAUGAGGCAUAAACGCUCAUUUAACGCAGUGCUGAUUUGAGUCGAGCCAUUGAAAGCGCGUUUAUAUAAUCACGCCUGCACUCGACAGCAGGAAAAGAGCGUCUGAUCGUGAAAUCACGCCAUAUAUCUGUGUAACAGACUGAAGUCCUGGAAUGCUUGAGUGCGGGGGUGUCUGUCUGUCCCUUCACUGCAGUCACACAUCUGAUCUGACCAGAAUAUGCAAGCCUCACACUGUAAAUAGCACUUAUGCUCAGAAUCAAACGUGAUUGCCAAUGUUAUUUCAAUUGUUUACAGGGGGUGGAAGAUGGAAACGUUGGAAAAAUGGAGCAGAGACAUCAUGGCACCUCAGCAGCUGGAUAAGAAAGAGCAUCCCAAACAAAAUGGCAUGAUUGCAAAAAAUCUGCUCAACUCUCUCAAGAUUCGCAAUCGUUUGCAUCUCCAGCCCAUUUUUCGCUCAGCAUGUGCCACUGGCUCCUGUCCAGAUCUGAUGAGUAGGAACGAGCAGCCUGACUCCCGGCCGCUUGCCAUGGCCCUGACACCCCAGCUCCCCCCCAGGACCCAUCGGCCCCUGUGUCUCUCAGUGUCUUCAGACAGCAAUGGACGCUUUAAAGCUCUGGAGACCCAGGAAUGGAAGAACAACCUCAAAGCUCAGAUGGAGCAGGCCCAUAGUGCCGGAGCAGCCAGCAGCACAGGUUCCCUGGAAAGAGCGUCUCUCUUUUGUGCUUCUGGCUCCACCACCACCUCCAGCUCCGGUCUCUCCAGUCCAGUGGAGCACCUCACCAAGAGCAAAUCCUCCAGUCGCUUUUCACUUUUCUCCCCCCCUUGGAACAGCAGCUCUGAAUCAGAUUCCAAUCCUCCUUCACGCUCCGGAUCCAAGAAAAUGCGCAACUACAGCCGCAGAGCUGUGCCUGGCAGUGCUAAGACAGGCCCAGAGACCCCAGAACCCAAGCAGAGUGUCCCUGAGCAUUUCCAGUACUCAGAACCGGUCAUAUCCAAGGUUACGGAUUACAUUUACGUGGGCAACCUGAACGCGGCUUAUAAUGGACGUACGUUGUGCCGCAAUAACAUCGACAGUAUUAUUGACAUGAGCAGCCUACCCGGAGAGACUUGUUUAAGAGUCAUUCCUUGCACUUGUUCAAGGGGUGUCAAGCAUAGUUGGUCUCGACUCAAAGUGGACAUGAGCGAUCUUCCGGACACGGUCCAAGAGGGGCUUGCACUCAAGCACAGAUGCUUUGAGGACAUCAACGAGUGCAUCGAUGCCUCCACGGAGAAGAGGAAGCGAGUGCUGGUGCAUUGUCGGGAUGGGUUUUCCCUCGCCCCCACUUGCAUUAUUCAGUACCUCAUGGUCAAACAAAAUAUGAGGCUUAUUGCUGCCUACGAGCUGCUCAGAGCCAAACACCCCGUCAACAUUCGUGAGUCCCAUCAGAAUGUUCUGGUAAGUCUUGAAAGAGCUUUGAGACCAGGUGGGAACACGGACCCAGAGUGCUUUAAACAGGCCAUCUCUCGCAAAGUGGCUUGGACCUGAUAGAGAACCUUUGGGAUCCUCAGUUUUCUUUGAACGUUUUGUACUCUGUGAUUUUCUUUCUCCUUUGUAAACCGUUAAAGGCAGCUUUUUUGCUGCAUUUUUAACUAAGCUGGAUGUCAUGGUGUGAGUACUAACUGUGAAGAUUCUCAAGUUGUUCAGUGGCAAUUUCAGAAAGAGUUUGAGUCAUUUAUUUUGCUUCUGGCUAAAUAAAAUCAGAACAAACAUGCUUUGUGCAGCUGCUAAACAACAGAAUUUGUCUGGUAAAAUGUCUCCUAUUUAUUCUUAUUGGCGUGGGUACAUAGCCAUGCUGUGCAGGCUUAUGCUGAGGAAGAAAUGUAGUGGGGGCUCUCAGGAGAUGAAACUAUCACAUUUGACUACAAUGCCACUACUGAGGACUUGAUGUUUAACAGGAAUACUAUUAACUAAAUAUCUCAAUUAUUCUCUUUAACCGAUCGAGGUCUAAACAUAACUAGUCGUUGAGUCUGGCAGUUCAAAGCACAAUUUAUGUUGGCCUCUUCAUUCAUUUGACGGUUGGUUGAUAUAUUUCUUUGCAUUUAACCAGGGAUGAAAGAUACACCGUAAGAGUAGUCCUCUAUGAGGAGCCAUUUCAUUUACUAAGUGUAUUUUAUUAAAUGUGUUAUACUCAACAUGUUUGACUAAUUUUAGUGCUUGAAAAAUGUAAAUUUUGUGAUGGUGUAAAGCACUAAAACUGGCCCACUUUAUAACUUUUUAUAGAUUGUUGGCAUUUGGACAAUGAAUCAAACAGAAUUGUGGAGCAAUGCUCAAUUGCAAAAGCUUGAUAUUGCACUAACCACAAGGAAAUGCACAAGUUUGACACGUGACUAAGUUUGGGUAAUUGUUGCAUAGUAAAUAUUGAUCAAAAUAUUUUUAUCAUGAUGUUUGUUUUGCUAUAAUGAUCGUUGUUCAUGGAUUCUAUUGUAUUUUGAUUUCGCCGUUUAGCCACAUGUAUGUCACCAAGACGUCCUGGAUUUGAUUUAAUUUAGAAUUCAUUUUUGUUUCUAUUUUCAUGCAACAAAUAUUUUGAUAUCUUAAUCAGUCAUCCGCUUCGAAUGUUAUCACUCGAUUAAAUGGGCGUUAUCAGUGGUUAUCAGCUGAUUGAUAUGGGCCAGUAGGGGCUUUCUGCGCCUACUGGUAGGCUCAGAAGACUGUUAUCAUGCAUCCACAUGGUUAAUCAGCUAUACUAAUAGAGAAGAUUCCAGAUCUGUUUUUACAUUUCUGUGACGGUUGGGUUUAGGGUUGGGGGUAGGGGUAAACAUUAAUAAAAUACAAUUAAUGGGAAAUUUAAUAAAUAAUAUAUAAAUAAUUCUUGUUAACUUCCAGCCACAGCCAUAUGUGAUCUAUAGCUGAUCAACCAUGUGGCUGGAUGAUAACAGCCUACUAGUAGGUGCAGAAGGCCCCUACUGGCCCAUAUCUAUCAGCUGAUAACCACUGAUAACGCCCAUUCAAUCGAGUGACAACGUUCGAAUCCGCUGAAUCAGUGACGUUAACUAUGCUAGCAGGUGCUCAUCGUGUCAAAGGUUUUGUAAAUAAAAACCGCAACAAUCUUAUUUUAUUGGUUUCUAACAUGCUGCUUGGCUUCCAGUAUAGGCUGGAAAGUUACAUUUAAAGACUUCAGAUGCACGUGAAUCUGCUUUUUUGCUGACAUCUAUCCAAAAAUAUAAAACAAUGCGUCUUGGUGACGUACGUCUGCUUCAUGGGAAAACCGCUCUCAAAUAUUUGACAUGGCUUAUGCUUGUCAGCAGUGAUUCUUCUAUUUUGAUAUUUAGUGCACAGUUUAGUGAAGAAAGACCCUCCUGAGUUUUGGUGCCUUUUGUUUGAACUUGUCCAGUGUGAUUAUUGUGACAUUCACACGCGCACACUGUAUGCACUCAUCAGGUAUAGACAGAAUGUCGUCUUUAUGCUUUGACAUGUUCAGGAAAUGCUCCUUGUUGGUGUAAUUUUGUGAUGUAUGGCAGAGAUCAGUUCCAUCUGAAUAAGCUGUUGUAAAGGUUUUAUAGCAGUGCUUACAGUGAACAGUGCCUGUACUUCAAUCAGUGUGGUGGUGACGUCAAUCAGUGUGAACAUUACCUUAUACUGGCCUGCAGUUAGCUUCUAACAUUAGCAAAGUUGUAUUUAGAUUCAAUUGGAUCAUUUCUUGUUGCUUUAUUUUUAUUCAUUAGUCUAUUUAAAUCUAUUUUUGGAUGGUUGAUCUCACCCUGUAAAGGUCUAACAAUAUGAACUCUCAGGUUAACUUUAUGGGUCUAGAUAACAUUCUCAAUGCGUUAGAAACCAGAAUAAUGUUCUGUAUCACGUUUUUGAAGAAAAUGCAUUUGUACAUGUUGUUAUUAAAGAGAAUCUGAUGCACUGA